GUGUUUGGUAUAAGUUGGACCGAGGCUACGUUGCCAGCUUAAAAACUAGCUGAGCCUUGGUUCGAUCGUAUCGGUUAGUACUGUGGCAAGGUCUGAUCCCGGUGCACCCCAGCCGGCGGACUCAAUAUUCCUAGACCUUGGCCAUUUACUGACGCAAAGCAAAAAAAAGAUUACAUACAGAAAUGGAGGCAACUAAGUUAAGGCUCGUUUUCUUCGUUUCCUUGGCUGUGUUAAUUCCAAGCCUCCAGGCCAACAUUGAUGAAUUUGACGAGUUUUGGAAGAAACGAGAAGCGGAAUCGAAGAAGGCUGCCCUCGAUGCCUAUCAACCAAACCCUGAAGUGGUCACCGAGCAAUUCAACUCAAAAGUUAACGAGGUCUUGGACGGGACAAACAGCUCAAGGAGGCACCUAGGGAAAUACAGAGGCCCAUGCAUGGCCACAAACCCAAUUGAUCGAUGCUGGCGGUGCCGGAAAAACUGGGCUGAGAAACGCAAGAGGUUGGCGAAAUGCGUCCUUGGAUUCGGCCGCAAGACAACCGGAGGCCUGCGCGGCAAAUACUACGUUGUGACCGAUUCCUCAGAUAACAACGUGAUGGAACCAAAGCCAGGUACUCUCCGACACGCCGUGAUCCAGAAGGAGCCCCUGUGGAUCAUAUUCGAACGCAGCAUGAUCAUCAAGCUGUCCCAGGAGCUGUUGAUGACCUCUGACAAGACAAUCGACGCCCGUGGCGCCAACGUCCACAUUGCCUUUGGUGCUGGCAUUUCUAUAUUUCUUGUCAACAACGUGAUUAUUCAUGGUCUUCACAUACAUGACAUUGUUGCCUCCGGAGGUGGAAUGAUUAGAGACUCUGUGGAGCAUAUUGGGGUUAGGACGAAGAGUGAUGGAGAUGGGGUUUCUAUCUUUGGAUCCUCAAACAUUUGGCUCGAUCAUCUUUCCAUGUCCAAUUGUGCGGAUGGUCUUAUUGACGCCAUUCAGGGGUCCACGGCCAUCACCAUCUCAAACGGCCAUUUCACCCGCCAUAACGAUGUGAUGUUGUUUGGCGCAAGUGAUACCUAUGCCGGUGAUUCCAUAAUGCAAAUCACGGUGGCUUUCAACCAUUUCGGAAGGGGAUUGGUGCAGAGGAUGCCAAGGUGCAGAUGGGGUUUCUUUCAUGUUGUUAACAAUGACUACACUCACUGGCUUAUGUAUGCCAUUGGAGGUAGUCAUAACCCCACCAUUAUAAGCCAGGGCAACCGCUUCAUAGCUCCACCCAACCUUGCAGCAAAGGAGGUGACCAAGAGGGACUAUAACGCCCCUGAGAGCGAAUGGAAGAGCUGGACGUGGAGAUCAGAAGGAGAUCUUAUGAUGAAUGGAGCAUUCUUUGUUCAGUCAGGAAACCCUAGCAAGAACAGGAAAUUCAACAGGAGGGACUUGAUCAAGGCGAAGCCAGGGACAUUUGUCACUAGGUUGACACGCUUUUCAGGUUCACUUAACUGCAUGCCCGGCCUAAAAUGUUAAAAAAUGUUUAAAAGAAAGAGUCUAUCAUGCUAUAUAUGAGCUAUAAAUGGAGCCUAUAUUUUAAGAGAAUGACUUGCGAAACUUUAAAAGUGUGAACAUUUUCAUGUGCAUGUUUGUUUCAAUUGAACGAGAAAAGAGAGCAAAAAGGGGACUGGGAGCCGAGAGAGAGAGAGGUGGGAGUAGGAUGAUGAGAGGAAGACAAGCGAAUGCCAGGACAAUUCUAUUAGGUCACUUUGUCCAGAGAAUUUGUUGGUUUAAUUGUCUACUUCAUUUAUUUAUUCAGCUACUUGUACAAGUGAAACAUGUUCUGUAAAAUAUUUCAAUGAGCAUUUUGAGACAAAACAAGAUCAAGGAAAUGAUGAUAAAUCCGCAA